UGGGGGGCGUUGAAAUGCCCUGCACGUCGGGGCCGCAGGACAGAGCCCAGUGGGCGCGCCAAGCCUCCCAGUGCCUCGCUCCUCCUGCCGCAGCCAUGACCGAGAACUCCGACAAAGUUCCCAUCACCCUCGUGGGACCUGACGACGUCGAGUUUUGCAGCCCCCCAGCGUACACCGCGGUGACCGUGAAGCCCUCCAGCCCCGCGCGGCUCCUCAAGGCCGGAGCCGUGGUCCUCAUUUCAGGGGCGGUGCUGCUGCUCUUUGGGGCCAUCGGGGCCUUCUACUUCUGGAAGGGGAGCGACAAUCACAUUUACAAUGUCCAUUAUACCAUGAGUAUCAAUGGGAAAUUACAAGAUGGGUCAAUGGAAAUAGAUGCUGGGAACAACUUGGAGACCUUUAAAAUGGGAAGUGGAGCUGAAGAAGCAAUUGAAGUUAAUGAUUUCCAGAAUGGCAUCACAGGAAUCCGUUUUGCUGGAGGGGAGAAGUGCUACAUCAAAGCCCAGGUGAAGGCUCGCAUUCCUGAGGUGGGCACUGUGACCAAACAGAGCAUCUCUUCUGAACUGGAAGGCAAGAUCAUGCCAGUUAAAUAUGAAGAAAAUUCUCUCAUCUGGGUGGCUGUAGACCAGCCUGUGAAGGACAACAGCUUCCUGAGCUCUAAAGUCUUGGAACUCUGUGGCGACCUCCCUAUUUUUUGGCUUAAACCAACAUACCCAAAAGAUAUCCAGAGGGAAAGAAGAGAAUUGGUAAGAAAAAUUGUUACAAGUACCACAAGAAGACCAAGCAGUGGACCACGGGGCAAUCCAGGCCCUGGAAGACAGAACAAUGAAACCAGACCCGAUGUUCAAGAGGAUUCAGAGCCUUUCAACCCAGACAACCCCUACCACCAGCAGGAAGGUGAAGGCAUGACAUUCGACCCUAGACUGGAUCACGAAGGAAUCUGCUGUAUUGAAUGUAGGCGAAGCUACACCCACUGCCAGAAGAUCUGUGAACCCCUCGGGGGUUAUUAUCCAUGGCCUUAUAACUACCAAGGUUGCCGUUCAGCCUGCAGAGUUGUCAUGCCAUGUAGCUGGUGGGUGGCCCGCAUCUUGGGCAUGGUGUGAAGACACUUUAUAUAGCAGGUGCUGUAAAAGUAAGAACUCAAGAGACAACCAAAGUGUGAGGUAUUUUGAUGCUGAAGGGAUCACAAAGCAUUUUAUACUCAAUCUGGGUGAUAUUAUUCAAGAUACUUUUAACAGAUAUUUCUCAGUUGCCUUAUAGAACUUUACCCAGAAUGUGCAGAUAUACUGAAUGAGUAGUUUAAAUCUAACAAUGUCAUAAUAUUCCUAUUACUUGCUAUUCUUACUUGCUUCGCUUUGCCAGUAAAGCCUGCUUGUAAUACUUCCUUCCCAGGCUGUUUUGAAAUAAACAUGAAAAAUUAUUGACAACUUGUCAGAGAUCUCAAUUGU